AUGAUUAAGCUUUUGAUUCUGUUUGCCGUUAUUGCUGUGGCCUCUACGAUGGGUAGUGAAAAUGCACCCGGCCUGGAAGGACGCGAGGAUGCACCGCAAGUGGCCAGUGUAAGCGAUGAUGCACAAACAUUUUCGGGAACCACGGACACUCAGGAGGAUAUGGACAAGGCGGAGACGUUUGGCUUCGGGUAUCGAAAGAUCAUUCACGUUUAUCCGCACUACUACCCGAGAUAUUAUUACGGUGGAUAUUACCCGCGGUAUUACUACGGUCAUUACGGUCACUACUGGUAA